AUGUCCCUCUCCCCGCCUCUCGACUCGAGAGCGUCCAGCGAGCGAGCAUCUCCCGACCUCCCCGAGGAAGAGGACCGGCAGGACAGCGGUCCCGUCCAGCGGCCGGGGGAGGCUGGCCCGGGCCCGGGAGGCCCGGCCUCGGAGACCCAACGGGCCUCAACCCGCAAGAAGAAGACCAGGACGGUGUUCUCCCGCAGCCAGGUGUUCCGGCUGGAGUCCACCUUCGACGCCAAGCGCUACCUAAGUAGCUCGGAGCGCGCCGGCCUGGCCGCCUCCCUGCAGCUCACCGAGACCCAGGUGAAGAUCUGGUUCCAGAACCGUCGUAACAAGUGGAAGAGGCAGUUGGCCGCCGAGCUGGAGGCCGCCAACCUCUCCCACUCGGCCCAGAGGCUGGUCCGAGUGCCCAUUCUGUACCACGAAAAUUCAGCGGCCGCGGCCUUGGGCUUCCCCUUGCCCCACGCUUCGACUCCUCUGGUGCCAGUGAGAGCCCUCUCCUAUCCGCUGACCACUUUCCCCUCGCCCGUCCCUUUCCUCCGGUCGCAGAUGCCAGGCCUCGUCUGA